CACCUAAGCCUCCAGGAUUUCCUUAAGCAUCUUCCCCAGCCUGGCAUAAUCUCCCUUGAUGCAUUCCAUUGAGAAUUUAGCUGUGUCAUUUGUUCCCACAUGAAGGAGUUGAUUCUUUGCUGCUCCUCUUCAGUCUCAGUCCACAUCCCAUAUCUUAGCUUCCGUCAGGCAGCAUGUUUUUCUGUGCUGCCUCUGGCGACAGGCCUGUUUGUUCUUAAUAGGAAGUUCAGUGCAGUUCUCCAGAUUUCCUCCUGUGCUUUCUAACUGCAAGUCCUAUAGUUCUCUUUUGCGGUUUCCGGACGUCAUUCUGUAUCCUCUUGGGGAUCCAAACUCUCCCCACUUGCUCAAAAAAAACCUUUUGUCAUUCACGAGUGCUUAAGCCUCCCCCCUCAGUUUUGCUGAGUCAAGUGCACAUGUGAAUGCUGCAUUGUUGGCAGGCAUGCUCCCCUGCUAACAAAGCAAAACCCGCUUGGUGGUGGUGGAAGUACUUUGUCUGCAAAAGUGCCACAAAAAGCAUUCACAGGCGAUGGCUUUUAGGACAGGGCUGUGUUGACACAGCCUUAUUGCUAAAAGCUGCGUAGUGCGGAUAUAUCCUAAGACUCUUCGCCUCCUCUUAUAAGACUAAACAUUCUUUUCUUCUUCCUUGCCCUUCCACCUUCUGUGACUGCCUGCCGUGGCCAGUCAUUUCCAACUCAGCAAACCUGUUCUUGAACGCUAUUGCUACUUCUUUAGCGCAUCUUUUCCUCUACCCAGUUCUCAGAGUCACAUGCUUCCUCUGGCUAUUUUCCACACCCAGCAGUCUCUGUGUAUAGUUCUUUAGCUUACAUCUUCAAAUCUUGACUUGUCCUUUUUUACCUUCCCUCCAUCACCUGUUCAAAUUCUCUUCGAAACUCUACUACCACCUGCUUUUCCAAACCUAGAAACGUCUCUUCCAUCCGCUCUGUCAGGCAGCAUUUCAAAGGUUUUUUUCAAGUACCCACGCCAAGAUAAUGUACUUCCCACAGUUUCUGCAGCCAGUUGUCUUCACUGUCUCCUCCACUCUUUGGAUCACUGCCACUGCUGGGAUCCUGAGCAUCACAAUGUUACAUCAUCUAGUAUUUCUCUUAGGAACGUCGCUGGUAGCCAAAGAAAUAUUUGCAUCUAUAAACUGCUAUUACCAAAAACAAAUCGCCAGGUAUAAUGGUUGUAGCCUCACUGAGGUUCCACUUGUGCCCAAAGAUACUCUUGUGUUCUGGCUAAAUUUCAACAAAAUCAGACAAGUGAAUGCUUCCUCCUUCCCUCUCCUGGAACAAUUGCUGAUUUUGGAAAUUGGAACUCAGUCUGUUUCCUCUGUUACCAUAGGGAAAGCAGCUUUUAGGAACCUGCCAAACCUUCAAACCUUAGAUUUAGGGGACAACAAGAUACUUCAUCUGGAUCCUGAAGCUUUUGUGGGAUUGUCAAAUGUAAAUACACUCAGGCUUUUUCACAACCGUCUUGACGAGUCCAUUCUAGAAGAAGACUAUCUUCGAGAUUUUAUCUCCUUAGAAUAUUUGGAUCUUUCUUCAAACCAGAUCAAAAUCCUUCGCCCUCAUCGCUUAUUUUACCAUUUAAAAAACCUGACAAUUGUGAACCUGAAAUACAACCAGAUACCUAUAAUAUGUGAAGGACACCUUGAUAGCUUCCAAGGAAAAUUCUUCUCGUUGUUUAUUCUCAAUUCUAAUUAUUUAUACAAACCAACUUCUGAGGACUGGGCCAACUGUGGAAAUCCUUUCAAAAACAUAGCUCUAGGGACAUUGGAUCUUGGUAGUAAUGGUUGGGGGGAGGAUAAAGUGCAACACUUCCUCACAGCUGUGAAUGGGACUCCAAUUGACUUUUUGAAAUUUAAAAAUCACAUAAUGGGUUCAGGAUUUGGCUUUAAGAACUUCAGAGAUCCAGACAAAGAUACAUUUGCAGGGCUAGCACGAAGCGGCAUUCGCCUGCUGGAUAUUUCACAUGGUUUUAUUUUCUCUCUCAAUCCUUAUUUGUUUCAGAGCCUGGGUGAUUUGGAAUGGCUAGACCUUAACCAUAACAAGAUAAAUCAGAUCCAAAAGCAAGCAUUUUUUGGUCUGAGAAACCUAAAAACUCUAAACCUGUCAUAUAACCUUCUGGGGGAGCUAUACAAUGACGCUUUUGAGGGGCUUCAGAAUGUGAAGCUUAUUGAUUUGCAACAAAAUCAUAUUGGAAUAAUUGCUCAGAAUCCGUUCAGGGAUUUAUUAAGUUUAGAGAUGGUAGAUCUCCGGGAUAAUGCCAUUAAAACUCUUCCUUCUUUCCCGUCCAUGGCCACUAUUUUUUUAAGUGACAAUAAGCUACUAUCUAUAGGUAGCCAGACAAUAAGGGCAACAUUUAUUAACUUGGAAAGAAACAGAUUGGCCAAUCUGGGUGAUCUUUAUAUUCUUUUACAAGUUCCAAAUGUGCAGUAUAUCCUUUUAAGACAAAAUCGUUUAUCUGAUUGUAAUAAACAUGUUAAUGUUUCAGAAAAUAACCAGUUAAUCUACUUGGAUCUAGGAGAAAACAUGUUAAAGCUUGUGUGGGACAGAGGUUUAUGUUUGGAUGUGUUCAGGGCACUUUCCAAUCUACUGGUGCUUCACCUGAAUAACAACUACCUUACUGCCCUGCCACAGGAUAUUUUUAGUGGUCUAAAAUCACUGAACAGACUUAACUUAGCCUCAAACCUGUUGUCUUACCUUCCUCCUGAUGUUUUUCCCGAAAGCCUAAAGACACUUAAUAUGUCUGAAAACCAACUUCUUUCACUUGCCCCUGAGGUCUUUAUGACUUUGAGUCUCCUGGAUAUAACAAAUAACAGAUUUUUUUGUGAUUGCACUUUAAAUACCUGGAUAGCAUGGGUAAAUAAAAGCAAUGUGACCUUAGCUGGCUCAGAAAAUGACACCUACUGUGUACUCCCACCUGGUCUCACGCGGGUUCCCUUCUCGUCAGUGGCACUUGAUGGGUGUAAUGAAGAUGAGCUCCAGAAGCCUCUACAGUUCUCACUGUUCAUCUUCACUUCAGUCACUCUGAUAAUGUUCCUAACAGCAGUCAUUGUUUUUAAUCACUUUCGGGGAACUUGUUUUGUCUGGUAUAAGACCAUCAUAGGGACUCUGCUAAAAGAACGUAAGCAAGCAAUAGAUACAAGUGCAUACAAAUAUGAUGCCUAUCUAUGCUACAGCAACAGAGACUUUGAGUGGGUUCAGAAUUCAUUGCUAAAGCACCUGGACUCUCAAUAUUCUGAGAAAAACAGAUUUACUUUGUGCUUUGAAGAGAGAGAUUUCCUGCCAGGGGAGGAUCAUAUCACCAACAUCCGCGAUGCCAUUUGGAAUAGCAGGAAAACGAUUUGCAUUGUGACAAGGCAGUUUCUCAAAGAUGGGUGGUGUGUGGAAGCCUUUAAUUUUGCCCAGAGCAGAUACUUUUGUGACCUGAAAGACGUCCUCAUCAUGGUAGCGGUUGGGUCACUAUCUCAGUAUCAGUUGAUGAAAUACAAACCGAUUAGAGUCUUUGUGCAGAGGAGUCAGUAUAUGCAGUGGCCUGAAGAUCAUCAAGAUGUAGACUGGUUUUUAAACAGUCUCUCUCACCAAAUUCUACAAGAAAAAAAGGUGAAAAAGAAAUCCAGUGUUACAGAAAUGCAAACGAUAAGGACAAUCUCGUAGUUGGGAGGGUUGUUCAUACUACUAGUGCCAUAAGCCAGACUUUUGUAGUUAUAUUUUUGCUUGUGGCUUGACAGUUACUUGAAUAUUCUCAAUCCAUUUCCACCUGUGAUAUGGCAGGAGCAAGAUACAGGCCAUGCUUCAGCUUCCCUGAGACAUGGGUAGAAUAUAACUUCCUUGCUUUAAGUUUUAAUACACAUGGUGUCAGCUUUAAAAUCACUGGCAAAUGGAAUUAACAAUGUGCAGUUAUUCUAGGAGCUGUGGCCCACGUUUUCAAAAGAAACCACCAAUAAUGGAUGUCUCAAAUGUUGGGUGCUCAGACUGGGACUAAGGAUGUUAAGAGGCAGGUAAUUGUGCAUCAACUACACAAUUAGUUGAUAAGGGCAGGUG